CAGCGCUGCGGCCCAGGCGGCCGCCCUAGGCUGCCCCACGGGGCCGGGGGGCCCGAGCAACGGGAGCAUGGCUCUGAAACGGAUCCAGAAGGAACUGACCGACUUACAAAGGGAUCCUCCUGCUCAGUGUUCCGCAGGACCUGUGGGUGAUGACUUGUUCCACUGGCAGGCCAGCAUCACGGGCCCGAAUGACAGUCCUUACCAAGGAGGUGUUUUUUUCCUGACCAUCCACUUCCCUACAGAUUAUCCUUUCAAGCCCCCAAAGGUUGCUUUCACUACCAGAAUCUAUCACCCUAAUAUCAACAGCAAUGGCAGCAUUUGCCUGGACAUCCUGAGGUCACAGUGGUCCCCAGCAUUGACUGUGUCCAAAGUUCUCCUGUCCAUCUGCUCUCUGCUCUGCGACCCCAACCCUGAUGACCCGCUGGUGCCAGAAAUAGCCCACAUUUACAAGGCCGACAGAGAGAAGUAUGCACCCUCUUUGAGUUGGCUUUGUGUGCAGCUGCCCAGGUUCCCACGGACAUCUUCCUGCCCAAGCCAAGCCCAUGUACAACAGACUAGCAAGAGAGUGGACACAGAAAUAUGCUAUGUAAGUGCCUCGGAGGCUCCAUGGGAGACCCUGUCCAAGAGAAGCUUGCCAGGCAGAGUGGCCUUCCUAUGAAGCCCUGAGCUAUUGACUAAAGCACUCACAGAACUCAUCCUCUGUUCACACAUCCUCUGUUGGUACUUACUUCUCUGGCUGCAGCAUGUUGGUGCCACUUUCAGCCAUUGUGGCCUUGACAAUACCACACCUUGAUGCCAAAUCAGCAACCACUGUUUUGAUCUACAGUCUUCUUGGUUACACUAGAAUCCAUCUAGGCUCCAGUCUGUCUGCUUGUGUCUGGGGAACCAAGCCAUGCAUGCCUCCAGUACCUGUCCUCAAAUGGUGCCACUACUCACUGUGGCACUAUACAGUGGCCCAGUCUGCUCCCUGACCACAUGCCCUUUGCCUUUAGAGCACAGUGCUUUCCUGAGGGCCCAGGCAGAGUGGGCCUCUUUAUACUUUGUCUGCCAGAGUCUGCCACAGAACUCCUCAGGAGUCGGAGUGCAUCCUGGAGGCUCCUGGAAAUUGGAACAGCAUUCCCUGAAAGCCAUCUUCCGCCACCUUCCUCUGUAGUGCUAUAUGCUGCAAACAGCAAGUGAAGAGUAUCAGGGCAUUUAAAGCAUGCAACACCCCAAGAAAGAGCAUGGGAUUCUCAGACAUGGAGAGAUUUGGGUUAUGCUUUUAUAAGUAAUGAGGCUUUCCCACUGGAAACUUAACAUGAAAUUCAAGCAUAAGCCAUUCACAGACUGGAACACAAGGAAGGAGAGGGACUUUAAAUGGAAAUAAAAAGGAAAUUCCUUCAGAAGUGACAAUUUAUA